CGGCGGCAGCGUUUUUUUUCGGGGGCCGGGUGGCCGGGGUCCCGGGCCCCGCGGCGGCAGCAGCGGCGGCGGCGGCAGGAUGAUCAAGCUGUUCUCGCUGAAGCAGCAGAAGAAGGAGGAGGAGUCGGCCGGCGGCACCAAGGGCAGCAGCAAGAAGGCGUCGGCGGCGCAGCUACGGAUCCAGAAGGACAUAAACGAGCUUAACCUGCCCAAGACGUGUGACAUCAGCUUCUCAGACCCGGACGACCUCCUAAACUUCAAGCUGGUUAUCUGUCCUGAUGAGGGCUUCUACAAGAGUGGGAAGUUUGUGUUCAGUUUUAAGGUGGGCCAGGGUUACCCACAUGACCCCCCCAAGGUGAAGUGUGAGACAAUGGUUUAUCAUCCCAACAUUGACCUCGAGGGCAAUGUCUGCCUCAACAUCCUCAGAGAGGACUGGAAGCCAGUCCUUACGAUAAACUCCAUAAUUUAUGGCCUUCAGUAUCUCUUCUUGGAGCCCAACCCUGAGGACCCACUGAACAAGGAGGCCGCGGAGGUCCUGCAGAACAACCGGAGGCUCUUUGAACAGAAUGUGCAGCGCUCCAUGAGAGGUGGCUACAUCGGGUCCACCUACUUCGAGCGCUGCCUGAAGUAGGGUUAGCGCAUACCCAUCCCCGCCAGGGUCACCAGCCUAGGCAUCCCCUGCAAAUAUUUAUUGGGGGCCAUGGGUGGGGUAUCUGGGGUAGCCUUGGCCCCUGCCUUGGCCUUGCCUCUCCUCCCUGCCACUUGUUGCCCCUAGUUAUUUUUUUUUAACCACCAUGUGAUUA